AUGGCAUCCGUUGAAGAUUUAAGUUUUAUUGAUUAUUUAGCACCACUUAUUCUGGUUAUUAUAUUUUCAUUACUGAUAUUUAUAAUCUCUUUUACCUGUAUUAAUUUUUUUUGUAUUGCAAAAGAUGAUGAAUUAACAGUUUUUGAUAAUUUUGGUAAAAGAAAUCAUUUUAGAUUGGGACCUCAUUCAUUUAAAAAGAUAGAAGAAAUUAAGAGAAGAAAAAAGAUUUAA